AUGAAAACUAAAAGCUUUUUACUGUUUUCAUCAUCAGUUUUCGCGAUAAGUUUAUUUUUGAUAAUAUUCCAUUCACAACCACCACAGUCGUUCCAAAAUAUUGUGACGCAAACUCACCAACACAUCAAAGACUUUCAGGUUUCUCUGAUCCAGGAGCAAUUACAUGAUGAGGAACAGCAGAACCUGGUACAAGAGGAGAGGUACUUACGACUGGUGGGACUGGAUGGACAUACUGAGCUCUGGCAUAACACCACUGUACCAGCUAUCGUCACAUACGCAAAGAAUGAUGAUCAUGCUCUUGUUGUCGCCUUUGUGAGGGACUUUGCAAAACUCCCAUACACCAUCCUUGUUUAUAACUUAGGAUUAAAACCAUAUUCUUUAGCUGUGGUGUCAAACUACUGCAACUCAUCGAAGUGUGCAAUCAUUGAUUUUGAUCUUGAGUUGUUCCCUUCGCACGUGAGUGACGGGAGCACCACGGCGUUCCGCCCACUUAUCAUUCAGCACGCAUUGAGCCGAGUGGGCGGAGUGAUCUACUGCGAGACGGACCAGCGGUGGGCGGGCACGCCGGCCGAGCUGGCGGCGCUGUGGGCGCGCGUAGCGGGGGCGGGGGGUGGUCUGGGCGCCGUGGGCGUGGUGGCGUGGCCGCGGCGCGCGGCGGUCACGUCGCUGACGCACCCGCGCAUGUUCCAGUAUCUGCGCGCGGACGCGGACGACUUCCUGUUCGUGCAGAUGCUGGACGCGUCGCGACUGCUGCUGGCGCCGCGGCCCGCGCUGCCCGCGCUCAUGCACCGCUGGGUGCAGUGUGCGCUUACGCUCAACUGCAUCAUGCCCAUAGGUGCACAAUCGGUGGGAUGCAGGUUCGACAAGAAGCCGCAGUACCGGUACUCUGGCUGCCACGGGCAGGACGCGUCGGCGCUGAGCAUCGUGCUGGGUGCGCGUGCCGGCUACGAGGAGGCGCAGUACGCGGCGCGCGCUCCCGCCUGGCGCCGCGUGCCGCCCGCCGCCGCGCGCGCUCUGCUGGCCGCGCUGCGCCGCAACAGCACCGAGCGCGAGCCCGCGGACGAGGCACCCGCGCCCCCCGGGCCCCCCGCCAGGCCUCCUGCCGCCCCCUCGCUCGCCCUCGCCGCCGAC